ACUUCAACCAUCCGGCAAAGAAGAUACUUGCGGUGAUCUUAUUUGCUGUCGUUAGUGAAGAUGACCAAAUUAUCCUGCGCCUCCUACCUUCUCUUGCUCCUCCUUAUCGUCUUCCCAGGAUUCCGUGCACUUGGGUUCGGUGUUGCCGUCUCCUCCGCGGCCUCCGUCGUAAUCAACGGCUUCCUCAGUCCCAUAACCAACAACGGAUCAAUACCAGCAAUCUUUCUCCCUGUUCUUGUGGCCAACAUUCAAAAAGGCAUACAUGGAAGCGACACUGGUGCCUAUGACACUGAGGGCAGGUUUGAUUCUGAAAUGUUCGAGGAGAUCUUUCAGAAGCAUGCACACACCAACCCUAAUGCACUAACAUCUGAUGAGUUGAAUGAGAUGCUCAAAGCGAAUCAACAACCUAAUGACUUCCAAGGAAGGGUUGCUAGCCGCUCAGAAUGGGAGGCUUUAUUCUCUCUCGCUAAGGAUGAUAAUGGAUUGCUUCAAAAGGACAUUCUAAGAUCUUUCUAUGAUGGAAGCCUGUUUUAUAAAUUGGAGGGGAAGAGAAAGUCUCUCAAAUGAAAGCAUGAAUGCGAUAGCUGAAGAGCGGAUUGUAGCUUAUUAAUGCCAAUGCACUUAUUGCUUGAAAUAUUGUUUUGGAAUGAUCAUAUAGGUUAAAAAAUUGUUCCUACUGCUCACAAUUUCAUAA